CGGUCUUCCUGCAGGGGAGGGGGCAGUAGAGGUGUGUCCGCCGCGCGUUAAAGCUGAUUCUCGCUGUAAAAGCCCGCACUCUGCUGCGCCACUUCUGCCCCGCACGGCGUCUCUACCCCUCCGCGAUGGCCAACUACAUCCACGUCCCGGACGGCGCGCCUGUCGUGCCCAAGUUCAACGUGACUGUGGACGAGCACGACUUCAGACCCGGAGCGCUGCGGCUGAUCCAGCAGCUCCGACCGAGCUGGAAGCCCGAGGAGGUCAACAUGAAGUCUUUCACAGACGGCAUCACCAACAAGCUGAUUGGCUGCUACGUGGGCGACGCCCUGCAGGAGGUGGUCCUGGUGCGCAUCUACGGCAAUAAGACGGAGCUGUUCGUGGACCGCGAGAACGAGGUGAAGAGCUUCCGGGUGCUCCAGGCCCACCGAUGCGCCCCUCGCCUCUACUGCACCUUCAACAAUGGCCUGUGCUACGAGUUCCUCGAGGGCAUGGCCCUGGAGCCAGAGCACAUCCGCAGCCCCUCUAUUUUCAGGCUGAUUGCACGGCAGCUCGCGAAGUACCACGCCAUCCACGCGCACAACGGCUGGGUGCCGCAGUCGGAUCUCUGGCUGAAGAUGGGGAAGUUCUUUUCCCUCGUUCCCACCCACUUCGAGGAUCCGGAUAAGAACCAAAGGCUGAGCAGCGAGGUGCCCAGCGUGGCGUGUCUGAGAGAGGAGCUGGUGUGGCUGCAGCAGAACCUCUCCAAGCUGGGCUCGCCCGUCGUUCUGUGCCACAACGACCUGCUGUGUAAGAACAUCAUCUACCGGCAGGCAGGAGGGAAUGUCAAAUUCAUUGACUACGAAUAUGCUGGGUACAAUUACCAAGCCUAUGACAUUGGGAACCACUUCAAUGAAUUUGCAGGUCUGAACGAAGUGGACUACAGCCUGUAUCCUGAGCGGAGCCUGCAGCUGCAGUGGCUGAGGGCGUAUCUGGAGGCCUAUAAGGAAUACAAACAGCAGGGCACCCAGGUCUCUAACACUGAGGUGGAGGUCCUGUACGUGCAAGUCAACCGCUUCGCCCUGGCAUCUCACUUCUUCUGGGGUUUGUGGGCCUUAAUUCAGGCGCAGUAUUCCACCAUUGACUUUGACUUCUUGGGAUAUGCAGUUCUCCGCUUUAACCAGUACUUCAAGAUGAAGCCGGAGGUCACAGCGCUGAACUUUCCAGAAUAGUCUCUCUCCUUGUGGUUUUGUGUCUCCUCUCCAGAGAAGGGCUCCCUCUAGUGGAUGUGGGCAGUACCAACAAAGCUCUUCUGUUUUAAGGAUUUAAUGCUGCACUUUCUAGACUGAGCACAUCGACCUAGGAAAAAAAAACCCCACCACUCUCUGUUCAGCACCUCCUCGAACCUCUUUAGUUUCGUUUACAGACCCCGAGAGCCGCGACCCUCCACCUCAGACGUCCCAGGCCUGAGGUGCCACCAAGCCUGGAAGAGCACGAAAAGGGGAUAAUGUCAGUUCUGCAGCUGAGCACCACGUGGGAUUAGGACCAACCGAUCUCUCAGAGACCAACCCAGGCUCUCCAUACCCUCAAAGGUUCUUGCUCGUUGCGGUCCGAAACAAGUUCAGAACAGCCUGAUCUGAGGCGAGGUGCAGGGGGCAUUUUAGACCGGGGUGCCUGGAGCUUACCACACCACUCUCUGUAACCUCCAAGUUAUUUUCGUUUGUUUACAGAAGUCCUUGAUGAUGCAGCGCGGGUUUGCAGCGUCGUCUGCAGAGCUUUAGGCCUUUUAGACUUAGUUUAGACUCUACUUGGCACAGCUGCAGCGAGAUCUGUGAUUUGGGGACCAACGGAAGCUUGGCUGAGCUUUUUUUUCCUUUUUUUUUCUGCUUCUUCUCUUCUUCGUUUCUGAACGUUUCUCGCCACAUCCUGUCACUGUGAACCGCUUCACCACACGACUCUGUUGGUGAAGGUAGUUAUUUUCCUACAGAGAGCCCUUAUCUGUUAUCUUUAAGGUGAAAGCCUACACCAAAGUGCUCGUACAAGGCUGCACAUUGUAUUUUUCCACUCGAAUGCUGUAUCAUACGUUUACUUUUGGGCAAAGGCUGUUUUUAUACCAGUUUGAGUGGAACUAUUUUUGAAGAGGUGCGCACAUUUUUGUCGUGAAGCAAUCGCUUGUAUUGGUCAUUUGCCUGGGUGCCUUAAUGAGGAGACCUUCUGGUGGACGGACCGUUCUCAGACCUCUCUUAAAGGGCCUGUAAUAUGGAAAUUCUUUUAUUUAGCGGAAGAAAAAGAAAAUAGCCGUUGGACGCAGUUUGUGAACGUUUUCGUUCAGUCCGUAUACGAGGUCCGCCGUUUCUGUGACGUCACAAAGGUGAAGCAGCAGCAGUUCACGGAGACAGCUCGUCCUGAAGGCACGGUAACGGAAACGGCCUGUUUAAUUCUAAGGGAUGAAGAGAGGCUGGAAAACGGUCAUAAAAAUAGGUUUUUGGUACUUGAAAGAAAACAUAUGUCGCAAAUGGACCUCAGGGGAAAAAAUAAAGUGCAAGAGAAGAUAAAGGAUAUGGGCCCUUUGAAAUGAGUAACUUGAAGUGCAUCGAAAAAGGACAUUUAUUAUUUUUUUUAAACCCAUGGUGCUCCAGUCCGUCUCAGAUCUGGACUAGGCUUGCACUAUAAACAUUCAGUUUUGUCUGUUUCAAAAUUAGGCUUCUCUUCUGGGUCUCUGAGACCCCCCCCCCCAAGAGCCUUUAGGUUUCUCUGCUCGUCUUUCUCUCUUAUCUGCUUGGCUGCAUUACAGCUGUCCAUGAUGUACCUUUAGAUACUGUGAAAUGUAGAUUCUCUCAUUAUACACACACACAUAUAUAUAUAUAUAUAUAUAUAUAUAUAUAUAUAUAUACACAUACACACACCUAUAUCUCACGCAAGUGUUUCUUAGAAAUAAGAACUUGAUGUUUUCAGUCCAUUGGAACACAGUUAGGGUGGUCUGUGCCCUAACAGUCAACGGAGGUGUCCAUCACGGUCCACCAAAUCUCGCUCGCUUUGAGCUGUUACUCACAUUAUCUGGAAAUGUGGUUUUCUCCAGGCCAGCGUCCACUACCACUUGUAGUAUAUGUGUAUAUGUACAUCUUUAAACACGUCGUAUUUUUGCUUGUGUCUGUUGUACCUGUACAUAGGGGAGAUUUCCUUUUUUUGUUUUCUGAGAAUGAAAUACUGUGGAGUCAAAUCAGUAACCUGGAAGAAAAGAGAAAUGAGACCGUAGAGUGGAAUUUUAGAUCCUGUAUUUACAUUAUUUGAAUGGAAAUAAAAAGUAAAAAUAUCA